AUGGAGAAUUUUCAGGCCAUUCAACGUGUUGGUGAGGGGGCUUAUGGGAAAGUCUGGAAAGCUUUUGAUAAGCGUACAGGCGAGGUAGUUGCCAUCAAAAAGUUACGAAAAAGAUAUCAUUCUUGGGAGGAUUGCAUAAAUCUGAGAGAAGUGAAGUCGUUAGGCAAGAUGAAACAUCCUAACAUUGUCAAGCUUCAAGAAGUUAUUAAACAACACGAUUCUUUAUACUUUGUCUUUGAGUACAUGCAAACCAAUCUUAAUCGGAUUAUUCGUCAAAGGGAGUCUUUAUUCUCUGACUUUGAGGUGAGAAGCUGGUGUUUUCAAAUUCUUCUAGGUCUCAACCACAUACACCAAAAGGAUUAUUUCCAUCGUGACUUGAAGCCUGAAAACCUGCUUGUUUCUGAGAACAUAAUCAAGAUUGCUGAUUUCGGAAUGGUAAAGAAGAUAGAUUCUGAACCACCGUACACUGAGUAUGUUACAACUCUUUGGUACCGAGCACCUGAAGUGUUGUUAAAGUCUGGCAGUUAUAAUAGAAAAGUUGAUAUGUGGGCUGUGGGUGCAGUAAUGGCUGAGAUGUAUACAUUGCACCCUAUUUUUCCUGGAAAAGAUACAAUCGACCAGAUGUUCAAGAUUUGCAGAGUUUUAGGCACUCCAACUGAGGAGACUUGGCCUGAAGGAUUACUUUUGGCAAGAAGUUUAAGGUAUCAAUUUCCAGAGUUACCAGGAGUUAACUUGUCAAGGUUCAUGCCAUCUGUGAGUGAGGAUGCUGUUAGUUUGAUUUCAUGGCUUUGUUCUUGGGAUCCUUGCAAGAGGCCAACAGCUGCUCAAGCCUUGCAACAUCCUUUCUUCAGGAAUAAUGGCUUUUGGGCUCCACUUUCUUUUCUUGGUGUACCUCCAGGAUUUAAAGUGCCAAGGAGAGCAGUGAAGAGGAAUGAUAAAGUUUCAGAAUUUGACAUAACCGUUGGUCCUCGGAAGCGCCUGAAGCCAAAUCUUAUGAUGGAGACAGAAGUAGGAUUGCAAUGCUGA